UGUUGCUGUGUUAGCUUCAUUAACGGAGCUGUUCAUUCCGGAGUCCCCUCCAACCGCGGUUAUCUUAAAUUCCGCUCACCUCCGCGCCGGCUGUUUAUUGUAACCACAGUGCCGCGUAUAUAAAUGCCGAACCCCACUGAGGAGACCCCGCCCGCGGUCACCGUUGUCGAAGAGGACCCAAAGAGAAGAGAAGUUGGUGAGGCAAGACGGUCGGUGGAGAAUGGGAGGCGCCAGGAGAUCGAUGGCCGAGGAAGCGGUCGUGUGGGCGGCGGAGGACGAACACUGGACGGAGUGGAGAUGCCGGAAGCACACAUCCUCCUCCCAGCCCCGUGAUGGCAUUUGCCCUGGCUGCCUCCGCGACCGCCUCCUCCGCCUCUGUCCCGACUGCGCCAACGAACGCCCCUGCAGCUGCUUCCGCCCCUCCUCCUCCUCCUCUUCCUCCUGCUCCUCCGUUUCCUCCAUCUCGCUCGCCGAUCUCGCGGGAUCCGCCGGAGGCGGCGCCGGGAUCGGGGCAGUGGGACUCGUGUCGAGGUUGAUCGACAGCGAGCCGGCGUUCCGGCGGUCCAGAUCCGUCGGCUUCCAACUCCUACGAACGAGAUCGGUCGCCAGACACGUCGACGGCGGGGAAGCUCCACGGCGGCCGAAUCGAGGGAGGAGGUGGGCGUUGUUCUGGCCCUUCCCGAGGGCGGCGGGCGGGAAGGAGUCAGCGGCGGAGCUAUCGAGGUCAAGGUCGGUAGGGGCGGCGGGAUUGGCAGGACCCGGCGGCGGGGAGGACAGGGGAAAAGCAUGGGGGUGGCAUUUCCCGAGCCCAAUGAACGCUUUCCGGCACCGGCGGUCGACGAAGCUCGUACAUGAGAGGUCGCCGUUGUACUCAUUCCGCGGGUGACAGAAACGCUAAACGAGGGUACCAGCCAGUAAUGAAGAACGCGACACUAAACGUGUCCAAUGUGUUGAGUAUCUGAACUAUUCUGUGCCACACAAACUGGUUUCUUCUACCUCUCCCAUCUUCAGUAAAUUAUGCUCUCAGAGACACCCAUCCACUC